UUUCGGCGAGACCCCUCAACACCACUUUAGGAGCAGGAACAAGCGACGCUUUUCUCUUGCCCCGUACUUGCUUUUCCAAUUGCACCACGGCACAAACAGAGGAAAAAACACUGCAUCCCAAAAUGGCCACGACUGUCCCCACCACCGCUUUCCAGGACCAAAAACCAGGCACCUCGGGGCUCCGGAAAAAAGUGACCGUGUUCCAGCAACCCCACUACACGGAAAACUUCAUCCAAGCAAUCCUCAAUGCGAUCCCCGAGGGCGCCCAGGACGCCACUUUGGUCGUUGGCGGCGACGGCCGCUACUACAACGACCACGUGAUCCAGCUCAUCAUCCAGAUCGCCGCUGCCAACAAUGUCAAAAAGGUCAUUGUGGGCGAGAACGGAAUCCUCUCAACGCCAGCCACGUCCCACGUGAUCAGAGUCAGAGGGGCCACCGGCGGAAUCAUUUUGACGGCCUCUCACAACCCUGGUGGCCCCAAAAACGACUUGGGCAUCAAGUACAACUUGGCCAACGGCGGCCCUGCGCCAGAGAGCGUCACGGAUAAGAUUUACGAGGAGUCCAAGACACUUUCCGCGUACAAGAUUCAAAAGCUCGAUGCUAUCGACAUCUCCAAGAUUGGCGUGGCCACUGCGGGCCCCAUUGAGGUCGAGGUCAUCGACUCCACUGCCGACUACGUGGAGCUCAUGAAAGACAUCUUCGACUUUCCUCUAAUCAAGUCGUUCAUCUCCCAAGCUGAAGACUUCUCUGUGCUUUUUGAUGCCUUGAACGGUGUAACUGGCCCUUAUGGACACAAGAUCUUCGUGGAGGAGCUCGGCUUGUCGGCAGACUCCAUUCAAAACUGCGUGCCAAUGGCUGAUUUCGGCGGCUUGCACCCAGACCCAAACUUGACGUACGCCAAAACACUUGUGGACAGAGUCGACAACGAAAACAUUGCUUUUGGUGCUGCGUCUGACGGUGAUGGCGACAGAAACAUGAUCUACGGCGCGGGUGCGUUUGUCUCCCCCGGAGACUCCGUCGCCAUCAUUGCCGAGUAUGCGGAUUCUAUCCCAUACUUUAAGAAGCAAGGUGUGUACGGGUUGGCUAGAUCAAUGCCAACUUCCGGUGCCUUGGACUUGGUUGCCAAGCACAAAAACUUGAACGUGUAUGAGGUGCCCACCGGCUGGAAGUUUUUCUGCUCCUUGUUCGAUGCCAAGAAAUUGUCUAUUUGUGGAGAGGAGUCCUUCGGCACUGGGUCGAACCACAUCAGAGAAAAGGAUGGGUUGUGGGCAAUUUGUGCGUGGUUGAAUGUCUUGGCUGACUUCAACCAGAAAUUCCCAGAGGAGAAAACUUCCAUUAAGGCCGUUCAGGAGAAGUUCUGGGAAAAGUAUGGUAGAACUUUUUUCACCAGAUACGACUAUGAGGAAGUCUCGAGCGAGGGUGCCGCUGAUUUGAUCAAGUUGCUCGCUUCUAUUGUCGAGAAGGAAUCCGCUGGAUCUGAGUUGGCUCCAGGAUAUGUCAUCGAGGAGGCGGACAACUUCUCAUACACGGAUUUGGAUGGGUCAGUGUCGAAGAACCAGGGCCUCUUCAUUAAGUUCACCAAUGGAUUAAGAUUUAUUGUGAGACUAUCUGGAACUGGCUCGUCUGGUGCAACUGUAAGAUUGUACUUGGAGAAGCACUCCAGCGAUGCUUCCACAUACACUCUUUCAGUUGACAGCUUCUUGAAAGACGAUGUCGCUUUCGUCUUGGACUUGUUGAAAUUCAAGCAGUUCUUGAACAAGGAGGAACCAGACGUGCGUACAUGAUGCUACAUCUCAAAAUAAAAGGCUAUAAAUGUCCUGCACUACAGUGGCGUGAUUGAAGUCAUCAUCUUAAAUAUCACA